AAACCUUAGUCAGAAAAGAUAUAUGGACAGCAUCAGAAAUAAAUAUCCAUGACAUUCUGACGCCACUAGACAGAUCAAUUUGCUUUCUAGAUGGUUGUGCUUUGGAAGAUAUGACUGGAGAACCAGAUUUCAUAGUGGUUGAUGAAAAUUACAAAGCACUUAUACCCUUUGAAUAUAAAACAAUAUGGGUUUUAAAGGUACCUUCUAACAAGGACAUUGUAUCACUUUAUCUUCAGGAAAAGAAGGCUCGAGAGGGGAAAUAUGCAGGUUCAAAAGUAAAAGAAGAUCAAGGGUGGUUGCAAAUAUCAGAUGUCAUUACUAACACAUCAACAGACCCUACAUUGCUCAAAUCGGUUGCCUAUAUAGUUUUCACUGCCACUAGUAAUCAAUAUUCACUAUUCAUUGAAAAGCCUGUAAUACUUGCUGUUAAAGAGUUAUCUUCUGAUACACCAGAUGAAGAACAAAAGGAUGAUAAAGAAUUUAAAUACAAGGGAAAGAAAAACACAUCUUCAAAAGGGCUAAAU